CUUCAAAAUUCCAUUGGUGUUCCUAAGAGAAUUCCAUAUUUCACCUCUAGAUCUUAUUUUUACGCUCAUUGUCUUGAAGUCGCAUUUGGAGGGAAAAGGAAACCCAAAAAUUUCAAAACCCUAACAACAGUUGCAACACAAAAAUAUUCAAACACAUUUUCCCACAGAGAGAACGAAAGCGAAAGAAAAAAAAAGCAGUUGUUUAUUGCUUUUCAUCCUAAAUCCAUCUAAUUCCCCUUUCUGUUCCCGAAACCCAAAUCACUAUUUGGAUUUUUUAUCCCCGAACUUGAGAGAGACGAGAAAAAUAUAAAAUUUUGAUCAAACUCAUUGUUUCAGUGAGUGAAAUAAUAGAAAAAUUUAGGUCGCGUUUUUUUUUUUCUAUUUUUGGACAAAGGCCUUGUUCUUAGAGAGUGAAAAGAACAGGAAAAUUUGGGGUUUUUGAACUGAACAACAAAUUUUCAGAAGAGACUGAGGGAAGUUAGGGUUUUGAGAGAAAUUGUGAGGAAUUUUGGGGCUUUUAUUUUGGAGAAUCAGGUAUGUCGCAGAACAGCAAUUACAACUCCGGAAGUGGGCCGGACUUCAAUAUAACGGAUGACAUAUUAGCUGUGAUUCCGACUGACCCGUACGAUCAGCUGGAUCUGGCUCGGAAGAUCACAUCCAUGGCGAUCGCAUCGCGCGUAUCGAAGCUGGAGUCGGAGGUUGGUAGGCUGCGGCAGAUGAUGUAUGAGAAGGAUCGGGUGGCGUUUGAUCUUGAAGAGAAGGUGUCGCAACUUGAGAGGGCGUAUCAGGAGAGCGAGUCGCGGUUGAAGAUGGUUAUCGACGAAAAUACAAGGCUUUCAAAGGAGCGAGACUCAUUGGCGAUGACUGCAAAGAAAAUGGGCCGUGAUCUGGCUAAGUUGGAGACAUUCAAGAGGCAACUGAUGCAGUCACUAAGUGAUGAUAAUUCAUCUCAAACUGAGACUGUUGAUAUUGGGACCUGUGACCAAUCAAUUCCUAAGGCCUAUCCUGAUAUAGAUGAUGGAACAAAUGGCUAUGUGGUGAAUCAACCUCUUAGUGGCUUUACAGAAUAUAGAAACUCUACUGAUGAAGCUUCGAGGCUUGCAGUGCAAAGAUUUUCUGUGACCCCAUAUAUCACACCUCGCUUCACUCCAAGUGGAACCCCAAAAAUCUUUUCCACAGGUGGGUCCCCAAGAGGUUAUUCUGCUGUAGCAUCUCCAAAUAAAACUUCUGGUGCCACAUCUCCCACAAAAUCCCAAUAUGAUGGACGGGGUGCACUAUCGUCUUGGUAUCCCUCGAGUCAGCAGUCAUCUGCAGCUAACUCUCCCCCUCGUGCACGUCCCCUACCAGCACGAACUCCUCGAAUUGAUGGCAAGGAGUUCUUCCGUCAAGCCAGGAGCCGUCUGUCCUAUGAACAGUUCAGUGCGUUUCUAGCUAACAUUAAGGAAUUAAAUGCUCAAAAGCAAUCACGAGAGGAAACUUUAAGGAAAGCAGAAGAGAUAUUUGGGACAGAUAACAAGGAUCUUUACCUAUCAUUUCAAGGAUUGCUUAACCGCAACCCACACUAGAGAAUAAAUUUUCUUUGUUGGAAAAUUUUCAUGACAACAGGUUGUGGAUGUAACUCAAUCCCAGCUGCUUUAAGUGGAUAGUCCCUGCAUCACUCUGUGCCAUAUGAUCGACUGAAAUGCAAUCAAAAUGCACUUGAGCAUCCUAGAAUUCAGCAACCUAGAACAGGGUUUAUGUAGGUAUAAUUGUGCCUGAUUCCAUUCAGGUAUGCUGUAUAAAUGACUGCGCCCAUAUUUCCAAUGCUUGCUUCUGAUAAAAAAAAUAAAAAUCCAAUGCUUGCUGCUGCUAAUGAGUUGUAAUUGUACCUGCAAGAUUUGCAUUUCUUGAACUGAACUUGCACAUAAAGUGUGAGUUCUCUCUGGUGCAUCUGAACUGUUUUAUGAACACAUUGUGUGUGCUGGAUGAAUGGGUGAUUGAUGUGGGCCUGUGUUUUAGAAA